AAGCUUUCUCUCGGACACCAUCAAUGGCGGCCAUCUUGGGAAUGGGAGCUCCCGUGCUACUGGCCGCUGCCUUGGGGGCGGCCUGCGGGCUCCUGUUCUGGCUCCGGGUGGCCCGGAGGAAGCCGGCCGACGAUCCGAUGCGUGGCAUCCCGGGGAACAUGGGGUGGCCGGUGGUGGGCGAGACCUUCGCCUUCAUCGCCGCCUUCUCCAACCCGGCCGGCAUCCUGAGCUUCAUGCGGGAGCGGCAGGCGAGGUACGGCAAGGUGUUCAAGACGUACGUGCUGGGGCGGACGACGGUGUUCAUGACGGGGCGGGAGGCAGCCAAGAUCCUGCUCUCCGGCAAGGACGGCGUGGUGAGCCUCAACCUCUUCUACACCGGCAAGCAGGUGCUGGGCCCCACCAGCCUGCUCACCACCAACGGCGACGAGCACCGGCGGCUGCGCCGGCUCAUCGCGCAGCCCCUCUCCGUGGACGCUUUACGGAAGCACUUCGCCUUCAUCGACGGCCUCGCCGUGCAGAUCCUCGGCUCCUGGGCCGGCCGCGGCCGCGUGCUCGUCCUCGACGAGGCCUCGCAGUUCACGCUCAAGGUCAUCGCCAACAUGCUCGUCAGCCUGGAGCCGGAGGGCCCCGAGCAGGAGGAGUUCCGGGCCAACUUCAAGGCCAUCUCCUCCUCCUUCGCGUCGCUGCCGCUCAAGCUCCCCGGCACGGCCUUCCACCGCGGCCUCGGCGGCCGGAACCGGAUGUACGCCAUGCUGGACGAGGUGAUCGCGCGCCGCAGGGCCGGCGAGGUCCGCGAGGACUUCCUCCAGACGCUGCUCAUGAAGCACGCCCGCGGCCAGCAAGCCGGCGCCGCCGCGGCGUCGGACCCGGCGGAGGAGGAGAAGCUGACGGACGCGCAGCUCAAGGACAACAUCCUGACCCUGCUGGUGGCCGGCCACGACACCACCACGGCGGGCCUGACCUGGCUCGUCAAGUUCCUCGGCGAGAACCCCGACGUGCUGGCCAAGCUGAGGGAGGAGCACAUGGCGAUCCGGGCGGCGCACGACGGCGACGACACACAGCACCUGUGGUGGUCGGACCUGAGCAGCAUGCCGUACACGACCAAGGUGAUGAACGAGACGCUGCGGCGGGCCACCAUCCUGCCGUGGUACUCGCGCAAGGCCGCGCAGGACUUCAGCAUCGACGGCUUCGAGGUGGCCAAGGGUGCGUCGGUGAACCUGGACGUCGUGUCCAUCCACCACGACGCCGCCGUCUUCGCCGACCCCGAGCGCUUCGACCCAGACAGAUUCGAUGGGUCGCUGAAGCCGUACAGCUUCCUGGGGUUCGGCAGCGGGCCGCGGAUGUGCCCCGGGAUGAGCCUCGCCAAGCUCGAGAUCUUCGUCUUCGCCCACCACCUAGUCUGCACAUACGACUGGAAGGCGCUGGAGGAUGACGCCUCGGUGCAGCCGACGCUGGUGCGCAUGCCCAAGAACAAGUACCCCAUCCUCGCCACCGCGCUCCCCUGAACCCCAGCUGUUCGCUCUGACCCCAGCUCCGGCGAUGGCGAGGUGGCGACAUUUGUUUUCAGCAUGUGACAGACCGACACGCACUCUACUGAUGCUGUCAUCGGCAUGGUCAGAUUAUAUGGUAUCCUGAGGCUACUUGUAUUGUAUGGACCAACUAUAUGCAAACUUUACUUGUAUUAGCAAGUGAAACCAGCAAUCAUUUUUCUUAGUACAACAAUUCCAUACACAUGACAUGAACAGCUCAUGAAUUUAAACAAGGAAAAACAAGUAAAGUGAACAAAACAUUCUUUAGACACCACCAAACAUGUAAAAC